UCAUUAUUUGCCGUGAACGCACCUUGCGCGGUCACGUGAUCACAAAACCCGUGUGACCGCGCACCCUGGUCGUUGUGAGGAGCAGAACCUCUUCAAAUAAAAAGACCAAGAUAAGAAUACAUAUGGAGUCGGGCGACAACCUCAGCACAAUGGAGUGCAGGUUCUGCGGGGAGAGGUUCAGACUGCCGGAGGAUGAUUCGGAGGGAAACCUCCCUCGUGUGCUUGUAUGUGCUCACAUCUUCUGCACGACCUGUCUGCACACCUUCCACCACCGCGGAGUCAUUAGUUGUCCCGAGUGUGAGGUGGAGUCUGCACUUCCUGAAGGAGGGGUGUUCGCCCUCCAGGAGGACAGCAGGAUCAUUGGCCUCAUCUACACUUCCAAAGUGAACAAAAUGAAGAGGUCUAAAGAUGGAUCAUUGAAUCGCGAAAAGCAAAAAUUAACAACGACCAAAGACAUCGGCGGAGACGCUGAGGCCAAAGUGCAGGUUGACAUCGUGGAGAUUAAGAAGUCGGUGGAUGAGGCGUUGGCCCGAGCUGCAGAAAGUGUCGCUGUUCUGGACACCAUCCACGAGACGCUGACCGUCGGCCUGAAGCAGCAGGUGGGGAGGGAGAGAAGUCGGCUGGAGGCAGAGAUCAAGCAGACUGCAGGCAAAGCCCUGCAGGCGGUUGAGAAGUGGCAGGACGUGCAGCUGAGUCAGUUGGAGGCCCGGUUCUCAUCCAGCCAGGAGGAGGUGGACCGUGUCCAGAAGAGAAGGAAGGCCCUGGAGAUCGCCAUGCAGGUCGCCAGAGAAGUGCGCCGUGUGCCCUUCCUGGAGCAGUACUGCAGCCUGGACAAGGUUGUGGAGACGUUGGAGGCUCCUGUGGAUACCCAGUCGUACGAUAUGGAAAGCAUUACCACGGGCUCCGGGCUGAGCUUUGUUUUCCUGUCAGAGAACCUGAACCAGACUCUGACGUUGUCUCUGAAAAUGGAAGUCGCCGUCCCAAAGCCGCUUUUCAAGUCUCCUCCACGGAGCCCCCAGCAGAGCAGCUCCGGGAAAAAGCCAAGUCCAAAGGUCACGCGCACGAACGCCGCGUCGCCCCAGCCGGGGAGCCCGGAGGCCCGAGGCUCUUGCUGCCCGACGCCUCGGCGUCGCUCGGCCUCGGGAGGAGCUCUGCACGCGGUUCCCAAGGAGCUUCCAGCCAAGCGGCAGGAGACAGCCGCCCCGCCCACCGGCCCCCAGCUGGCCAAUGACUGGAGAAUCCACAGGAGGAAGAAAAAUCGCCAAUUUGGCAAUAAGAGAAAUGUUGCCCAGUGGGUGGUGCUAAGCCACGUGGUGAAUCCCAGUCAUUUCUACGUCAGCUACGUGGCCGAGAAGAGGGAGCGUGAGAUCCUGGAGAAGAAGAUCGACCUCUUCUGCUGCGCAGACGGCUGCCUCUUCGGUCCUAGCGACACGGUGGAGACCGGCGCCACGGUCUUUGCCAAGGGGGGGGCGGGCCUCUGGUCUCGGGCCCGCGUGCUCGAGGUCUUUCAGCGCGGAUGUGUGGAGGCUGUGAGCGUCUGCCCGGCCGGCCGGCUGGCCAGCAUCCGGGUCUUCUUCCUGGACUCCGGCUUCGGGAAGAGCCUCGACGUGCACACAGAGGAGGAGACGCCCGAGUCCUCGUUGAAGGCCGUGAACGACCACCUGAGGAAGGUGGAGGAGGCCGUGAAGGUGGAGCUGGGUUACUUUGCUCCUCAGGCCAUCAGAUGUUCACUCAAGGACCUCGUCCCCUACGAUCCGACAAAGGGCUGGAGCGCAGAGGCCAAGCUGGCGUUCCUCGGCGUGGUGGGCUCUGCGGCGGUGGAGAUGCGGCCCAUGGGUCAGGACCGGGACUCGCUGCUGGUGGACCUGAGGAAGGCCUCCGUGGACCAGAGCAGCGACGCGCCCAUCUCCGUCAGGGAGUACCUGGUCUUCAUCGAAGUGGCCAGGUUUUACUCUCCAGUGAACCUGGGCAUGUGGCCGCUGCUGUUCCACCCGCCGAAAUACCCCGAGAUCAACACGGAGCUCAGCGCUGUGGUGUCCCACAUCAACAGCCCGGCUGACUUCUACAUCCAGCUGGUUGACAACAUGGAGUUUGUGUUGCUCUCAGCAAAGCUUCAGGAUUGUUACAAUGCGACCACAGCGUGUGCAGAAGAAGACCUCACCAUCUACUGCCCGGUGAUGGAGCAGGCCUGCGUGGCCCGCUACGAGGACAAGCUGUGGUACAGAGCUCGGGUCGUAGGUCAUCCAGGGGGCAGAAAGGUGGAGGUGCAGUACGUCGACUUCGGCAAUAAGAAGACGCUGCCAGUCAGCGACUUGAGGAAGAUCAAGGACGAGUUCUUCGCUCUUCCUUCCAGGGCGGUCCGCUGCUGUCUGUCCGGUGUGAGUCCUCUGGAUGCAGAGACGUGGAGCGACGCCUGCAAGAACAGAUUCAUCCAUCUGGCUCUCCAGAAGCUCCUCACUGUCGUGGCUACAGGAAAUGUCCCAAAGACCGAGCCUCUGCCGGUCAAACUGUUCGAGAGCGGCCUGGACGACAUCGCCGAGCUGCUGGUCCGAGAGGAGCUGGCCUCCUUCAAAGAGGGACUCGAGUCGGCGGGGGCUGCUGAGGAGUUCGACGUAUGGGACCCUCCCCUCGACGUUGGGUCGGCCCCAGAGGGCGGCAACGCCCCGGACCGGACCUCCUCCUCCGAGGAGAAGGAGGAAGAGGAGGAGUUCCAGCUGAGGCUCCCCGAUCAACUCAAAGACCUGAAAGUCCGAGUGAGCCACGUGAACUCGCCGAGCAGCUUCUACGUCCAGUUCGCCCACAACGACUCUCGUCUCAGGAGGCUGUGCGAGCUGGUGGAGGAGGAGUGUGCUCUGAAGGAGCUGGAGGAGGUGGUGUGGGAGGCCGACAUGUUCUGCGGCGCCCUGGUGGACGGCGUGUGGGAGAGAGGUCGCGUCUGCUCCGGCGCCGAGGCCACCGACUUCAUCGAGGUGAUGCGCUGUGACCAUGGCAACAAGGUGAAGCUUCCCGUCGGCAACCUGCGGCCCCUCCCAUCCUUCUUGACGGGCUCCCUGGCAUUAGAGUGCACUCUCAGUGACAUCAGGCCGGCGGGGGGGUGCUCCACCUGGACGGCGACGGCCUGCGACCUGAUCUCCUUCCACCUCACCGGGGCCUUGGCGGUCCUGACCAUCAAGGAGGUGACUGAUGAGCCCCCUGUACCAGUCACCCUGUUCUGCUCCAACCAGAAGGGCGCGUUGGUGAACUUCACUGACUUCCUGGUCGGCGAGGGCCUCGCCCUCAAGGAGAGGAAGCCCAGAGAUGCAGCCAUUGAAACAUCCACAGAAACCGAUGCCGGGUCGCCGGUGAUUGAGACCCAGAAGGACGGUUCUGACGGCGAGAAAAGAAUAGAACAAACUCCCCCUGCCUUCGCCUCCCCGCCUCCACCCGUCUCCACCCCAAAACCAGCCCCCCGCACCAUCAUGUCUGCUGAGAAGGUGAAGACGGGGUUGUACCGCCCCCCCGAGCUGCCGAGCCUCGGCCCCGUCCAGAUGAGUGUUUCUGCCAUCGGGGAGGACGGUGUCAUCUACACCAGAACACAGAACGCAGAAGGUCUGCUGCAGCAGCUCAGGCAGCGGAUCCAGCACAGCAUGGACUCUCUGCCCAGGCAGAAGCCCUACACCUGGAAGUCUGUGCAGGGCUGCGCCGUCAUCGGACCCGACAUGCUGUGGUACAGAGGACAGGUGCUGGAGGUGCUGGGAGGACACGUGAAGGUGCAGUACGUGGACUACGGGCUGGUGGAGAACAUCCCGGUGGUCCACGUGCACCCCACGCUGCUGUGUGCCGACGUCCCUCAGCUCUCUCUGCCCUGCCAGCUGCACGCCAUCAAGCCCGUCGGGGGGAGGUGGCAGCGGGACGCGGUGGCCCUGCUGAGGAAGCUGCUGCUGAACCGCUGUCCUGACUUUCGAGUCACGGAGCUGCCCUCUGACCCGAGACGACCCCUCACCGUGGAGCUCUACCUGGACGGGCUGAGCCUCAGCAGCAUCCUGUGUCACCACCAACACGCCUCCAUGGAGCGCGGCUCCUCGCCACAGGAGGGACACGCUGACACGUCUCCCGCCGCCCUCCUGGACGAUUGGGACAUUGACAUCAAGGACCUGAGGGGCCCAGAGGAGCCGAUGCUGGGGCCCUUCAUCUACCCCGACCUGCCUCCGGAGAGGGAGCGCUUUGGAGUCAGCGUCAAGCACCUUCGGACCCCCAACGAGAUCUUCCUGUGGCUGGAUGGAGCAGCCGAGGAGGAGAUAGGCGGAGAGACUCUGGACGGAGCUCUGACCCGAGUCAACGCAGACGUUGGCGCCCUGCAGCCGCUCGCCAGCUUCCGUCAGGGCGGUCCGUGUCUGGCCGAAUACAGUGACGGGAAGUUCUACCGAGCCAAGAUGCUGACGUUCAGCAGCGUGUCGCCCGUCUGCGUCCUGGUCCAACACGUGGACUUCGGCUCGGAGGACACGCUGCCCACCAGCAGGUAA